AUCUGUCUGUCUAAAUGCUACGUGUGUUCUAAGUGAGAAAAUAAUCUCAUUUUUCAUCUUACACAAUUCACCAUUUUUUGGGUUAUUAUCUUGUGUUAGUUAUGAGACUAACAGCCAUGCUUCCUUGUGAAAACUAUAAAGUUAAGGUUGUUCUUGGAAUGGUGGCAGUGUUGGUCUUUUCAGGAACUUGCUUGGCCGAAACACUUUCGGCUAACUUUGUUUUUGGCGAUUCUUUGGUCGAAGUAGGCAACAAUAACUACAUUACAUCUCUAUCCAAGGCGAAUUAUGCACCAAAUGGGAUUGACUUUGGGAUGCCAACAGGACGCUAUACGAAUGGAAGAACCAUAGUAGACAUUCUAGGAGAGGAAUUGGGUUUGCAGAAGUACACGCCGCCAUACCUCGCUCCAACCACAGUCGGUCCAUUACUUCUUCAGGGCGUCAAUUAUGCAUCUGGUGGUGGAGGGAUUCUAAAUCAAACCGGACAGAUUUUUGUUGGAAGAAUAAACUUGGAUGCACAACUCGACAACUUUGCAAAUACGAGGCACGAUAUAAUAUCAAGAAUUGGGGCUCCAGCAGCACAAGAUUUGUUCAAUGGAGCUUUAUUUUCUGUAACUAUUGGUUCAAAUGAUUUUAUAAAUAACUACCUCACACCUGUUGUUUCAACAAUUGAGCAAAAAUUAGUUUCUCCAGAAGCAUUUGUUGGAGACAUGAUUACAAGAUUCAGAGGUCAACUUAUGAGACUCUACGAUAUGGGUGCUAGGAAGAUUGUCGUCCCGAAUGUGGGACCCAUUGGAUGCAUUCCGUAUCAAAGGGAUAUAACUCCGUCUGCAGGAGAUAACUGUGUAGCAUUGCCAAAUCACCUCGCUCAACUCUUCAAUUUGCAAUUAAAAGGCUUGCUCCAAGAACUUAGCAACUCACUUCAAGGUUCAGCAUUCAUAUUUGCAGAUGUCUAUCGUAUUGUUGCGGAUAUUGUUAAGAAUCACAAAUCAUAUGGUUUUGACAAUGCGGAUUCUGCUUGUUGUUAUGUGUCUGGUCAACAUGGUGGUCUAGUGCCAUGUGGACCGACAUCUAAAGUUUGUCCUGAUAGGUCAAAGUACGUUUUUUGGGAUCCGUAUCACCCGUCAGAUGCCACAAACAGUAUCAUAGCCAAGCGACUUAUGGAUGGAGAUAUCGAAGAUAUAUCCCCUUUAAACUUGAGAGCACUAUUUAAAUCUUGAAUUAACAAAACUGUUUGUUUGCAUGAAAAGCUUAUUGUUUCUAUGUACCAUUUCUACGAAUUUGUAUCCGGUUGUAAAUCGUUAAAGGUAAAACGAGUGUAUGAAAUCACAUAAGUUGAAUA